UUGCUGCUUUAGUCAUCUCCCUUGGAUCAUUUCUCUCCUUCUCUCUCACUAACUUUCCCUCCUCUCAACCCAAAAUCUCUGUUUUUCGUUACCCAGAAAUCGUAAUCCAACUCGAAACUGAGUGUUAAAUCCAUUUUCGUUGACAUCCCCACAUUACCCCCCAAACCACGAUUUCUUUUCCAAACUACCCCGCCAUCCCUCUCAAUCUAUACCACUCUUAAAACACAUGGGCCAGUUCAUCAGUGCGAGACCAAGCUUGAAGCGGAAGCGGGAGCCGGAAUCCGAAGACCAAAACCAGGCUCGCAAGAUUCUCCACGUCGAAGGCUCAAACAAAGACGUCCAAUCAAACUCAACCACAACAAGCACCUCCUUUUCUAGACCUCAUUGGAAUUAUGAUGUCUUCCUGAGUUUCAGAGGUGAAGACACCCGCAAAAACUUCACCGAUCACCUCUACUCUGCCUUGGAUGGAGUCGGAAUACGUACCUUCCGAGAUGAUGAGGAGCUUGGAAGAGGGAAGACCAUCUCUACUGAACUACUCAAUGCGAUUCGUGAAUCAAAAAUUUCCAUUGUGGUUUUCUCCAAAGGCUAUGCUUCUUCUAGGUGGUGCCUUGAUGAACUUGUGGAGAUCGUGCAUUGUAAGAAUAUUAUAGGCCACACUCUUCUUCCAAUAUUUUAUCAUGUGGAUCCCUCGGAUGUUCGAAAACAAACAGGAACUUUUGCAGAAGCCUUUUCUAGGCAUGAAAAGCGGUAUCAAAGUGAUAUGGAGAGGAUACAAAGGUGGAGGAAAGCUCUUAAUGAAGCUGCGAAUUGUUCCGGUUGGGAUCUCGAAAGCAUUGCAAAUGGGUAUGAAUCAAGAUUCAUCAAAGAAAUCGUUGAAGAAGUUUUGUGUAAAGUGAACCCAGCUCGCUUGGAUGUCGCUAGACACCCAAUAGGAAUAGAGUCUCGUGUUCAUCAUAUUAAAGAUUUAUUAAAUCUUGGAACAAGUGACGUUUGCAUUGUGGGCAUUUAUGGAAUGGGUGGAAUAGGCAAAACAACCCUAGUAAAAGCUGUCUAUAAUGAAAUAUGUGUUGCAUUUGAAGGAAGUAGUUUUCUUUCAAACCUUAAAGAAAGUUCAGAAAAGCCCAAUGGCUUAGUUCAUUUACAAGAACAACUUCUUAAUGAUAUCUUGAAAAUGAAUUUCAAGAUUGGUAAUGUUGAUAGAGGAAUCAAUAUAAUUAAGGAAAGAAUUCAAGGAAAAAAGGUUCUUGUUAUUCUUGACGAUGUGGAUGAUUUUGAAAAACUACACACGUUAGUUGAAAAGGAAUGGUUUGGUUCAGGAAGUAGAAUCAUUGUAACAACAAGGGAUGAGCAAUUGCUUACUCAACUUGAAGUAAAUAAAAAAUAUAAGGUUGAAGAAUUGAAUAAUUGGGAGUCUCUUCGACUUUUCUCCUAUCAUGCCUUUGGGACGGCCCUUCCAAGAAAUGAUUACCAGGAGCUUUCAAUUAGUGCAAUGAAGUAUGCAGGAGGACUUCCAUUAGCUCUUGUAGUUUUGGGUUCUUUUCUCAAAGGAAGAAGCAUUGAUGAAUGGAAAAGUGAAUUGGAAAAAUUACGAAGAACUCCUCAUGACAAGAUUCAAAAAAUACUUAGAAUAAGUUUUGAUUCACUGGACAGUUCUACCAAGGACAUAUUCCUUGAUAUUGCAUGUUUCUUUGUUGGUAUGGACAAAGAAUAUGCCAUCAAAAUACUCGACGGUUGUAAUUUCUUUCCCGGGAUUGGUAUGCCUAUUCUCAUUCAGAGGUCACUUGUAACAAUUGAAUGCCAAAAUGAGUUGAAGAUGCAUAAUCUGGUUCGAGAUAUGGGAAGGGAAAUUGUUUGUGAAGAAUCACCCAAAUAUCCAGGAAAACGUAGUAGGUUGUGGUUUCACAAGGAUGUCUUAAAUGUACUACACAAACAUAUGGGAUCGGAAACAGUUGAGGGCGUCAUCUUAAAUCUCCCUAUACUUGAAGAUGUACAUUUGAAAACUAAAGCAUUUACAAAUAUGAAGAAUUUGAGAUUGCUCCAAAUCAAUUCUGUACAUCUCAGAGGAUCUUAUGAACAUCUCUCUAAAGAGCUAAAAUGGCUUUGUUGGCAUGAGUGUCCGUUGGAAUUUCUACCACAGAGUUUUCAUCUAGAGAAUCUUGUUAUUCUUGACAUGCAACAUAGUAAUGUCAAACAAGUUUGGAAGAAAAAAAAAAUAUUCAACAUGUUAAAGGUCCUUAAUCUCAGCAAUUCCAAAUAUCUCCCUAAAUUGCCUAACUUCUCGCAAGUCCCACAAUUGGAGAUACUAAUACUUGAGGGUUGCACAAGCUUGGUUCGGGUUCAUGAGUCUAUUGGAUAUCUCAAAAGACUUGUUUUGCUGAAUUUACAAAGUUGCGAGAACCUUAGGAAUCUUCCAAGCAGCAUUUCUAACUUAGAAUCUCUUCAAACUCUUGUCUUGUCUGAGUGCUUUAAUCUUGAAAAGUUACCAGAGCAAUUGGGGAAUAUGACGGCUUUAACGAAGAUGCGUGCGGAUAACAUUGCUAUUAAGCAACUACCAUCCUCGUUUAGCCUUUUGAAGAAUCUCGAAACUUUAUCAUUACGUAGAUGUGAAUGUCUCAUUGAAUCACCAGAGUUCUUACAAACCUCACGUCUAAAGGAACUGAUACUUGAAGGUUGUACAAACUUGGUUAAGGUUCACGAGUCUAUUGGACUUCUAAAAAGACUUGUUUCCCUAAACUUAGGUGGAUGCAAGAGGCUUAGGAAUCUUCCAAAUAGCAUUUCUAACUUACAACUUCUUGAAACUCUUGACUUGUCUAACUGCUUAGAACUUGACAAGUUACCAGAGCAAUUGGGAAAUAUGACGGCUUUAACGAAGAUGUCUGCAAAUAACAUUGCUAUUAAGCAACUACCAUCCUCGUUUAGCCUUUUGAAGAACCUUGAAACUUUAUCAUUACGUAGAUGUGAAUGUCUCAUCGAAUCACCAGAGUUCUUACAAAACUCACGUCUAAAGGAGCUGAUACUUGAAGGUUGUACCAACUUGGUUGAGGUUCACGAGUCUGUUGGACUUCUAAAAAGGCUUAAUUACCUAACUUUAUUUGGAUGCAAGAAGCUUAGGAAUCUUCCAAAUAGUAUUUCUAACUUAGAACUUCUUGAAACUCUUAACUUGUCUGACUGCUUAGAACUUGACAAGUUACCAGAGCAAAUGGGGAAUAUGAAGGCUUUAAAAUGCUUGCACGCAAACAAAAUUGCUAUUAUGCAACAACCAUCCCCCUUGGGUCUUUCGAGGAAUCCCGGAAUUAUAUCAUCAUUUGAAUGUGGAAGACCAUCAUCAUCAUGGAUAUCACCCAAAAGCUCCAACCACAUAAGUUUGUUGCCUUCCAUUUAUGAAAUAUGUUCUUUGACAGGCGUGAGCCAACUAGUUCUCGAUGGGUGCAAUUUGUCUGAAAAUGAAUUUCCCAUUGAAUUUGGUUGUUUAUCUUCACUCAUGGUGCUGGAUUUAUCAAGAAACAAUUUUCAUAACUUACCUAGUUGUAUCAGCCGCCUUCCUAGAUUACAGGAUUUGUCUUUGCAUGAGUGUACUACUCUUCAAUCAAUCUCAUUCUGCACAAGUGUACCAGCUUUGAAUGCAAAUGGCUGCACAUCAUUGGAAAGAAUCUUAAUUUUGACCAACAAGAUUUCAUCGUCUUUCUCCCUUAAUAAUUGCCACAAGCUGGUUGAGAUUCAAAGUUUGAACAGUGUGCGAUCUGGAACAACGGUUUUCAUGGGAAGGUGCAACAAUCUAGCAAAUGAUUUUAGGAAUAGUGCUAUCCAGAUGAUGUGCAAGGCAGAUGACGGUUGUUCCCUUUGCCUCCCCGGAAGUGAGAUUCCCAAUUGGUUUAGCCAUCAGAUAAUCGGUUCUUUAAUAUCCUUUCGUGUACCUUCCUUUUUGGAUGGUCAAAUCAGCAAGGUGCUUCUUUGUGUUGUUUAUGCAGCAAACAAGGAAGUAUCCAGAAACUCAGAUAAUUGGGGUUGGAGAUUCUGUAAUAAAACUAGAAAUCCCACUAAGUACUUCACGGCAGAUAGCUGUAAAAGCAUUUUUUAUAGCUGUGAUGAUCAUAUAUUUGUAGAGGUGACAAGUGGAGACGACAUUAAACUUGAGAUGAAAAGUGGAGACGAAAUAGAGCUGUUUGUCAAGGUACUCCCGCAUGAAGAGAUGGAGUGUGAAAUGCAAGUGAGGAAACUGGGAAUUCAUCUCCUAGUUGAUGAGCCAAAUGUUACAGAUAAAGCUGAAAGUUCUAGGGAUGAUGAGCUCUGACCCAUCAGCAAAUCAAGAGCACAGAUCGCCCCAAAUAUAGGGUUGAGGUAACUUUUCUGUUGCUCCUAGUCUCACAACAUUGCUCCGAAGGGAAAAUGUAUUCUCCUAUUCUCACUACCAUCCUCAGACCAAAUAUAAACCAGGAAUCAACCUUGUAGGGCCUGUUGAUGAGAUAUUCUUGAUAUCUAUGAAAGAUUUGAACCAUUGAAUGAACCGUCCUUGGACAAUUGCUUCAUAUCAAGAAGUUAUGAUGCAACAACACAAUUUGAGUCAACUAUCAUGGAUGUGCUCAACAUGUAUACCAUGAUAACUGGAAAGGUAGUGAGUUUUUAUCUUUAACAGUAAAUUUCUCACAAUCGUUGGUGUCUCUUAGCAGGUUCUUGACCUCAGUGGAUUUAAGUGCUGUCAAUGCCAGUCUUUGGUUUUUGUUUGGAAGCAGGCAUUUCAAAAGAAGAGAAAAUGCAGACUUCUACACUGUUUGUGUUUAUAGGAUUGGUGUUGAUGAGUUGCUUUCAUGUUCAAUUCCUUCCGUGCACAAUGUGUUCUCCAUUAGUAAUUGCAGUACUUACCUUCUUGACCAGCAGAAAUUUCAACCUCUUUAGAUAUCAAGGAUAGGAAAUCUUUCUAGAAAGCCAAAAUCCACAAGAGAAUCAGAUUAUUCAUUGAGGAAGUCAUUUGGCGCAUUCUUCCUAUUUAGAUCCAAAUUUUAUGGCACCUUCAUAUGGAUACAAAUGACCACAAAUUUUUCUACCAUUUAUGUGACACCUUUUUUUUUUUUUUCCUAGGCAUUUAUGUGACUCUAUUAUUGAAACUCAUGACUAUGUUUUCCUUCAGUGUGUCACCUUAUUCAAAUGGUACGGCGAUUUUUACCUUGGCCCCUAAAUAUGAACAGAUUUAGUAAUUUGAUUGUCACUGUCUGAGUCAAGAUCUUUUGAAUGCCAAUUCCCUCUUAAAACAAACCCCUUUUAAAAUAACUUUUUGCUAUGGUUUUUAUUUUUUUGGCUGUAGCGAUGGAGAAUAAAUGAAUGGCUUAAAACAAGAGAAAAAUAAGCAGUGUGUUGAUUUGUUUUUUGUAUUUAAUGUAGUUUAGUAGUCUAGCAUCUAAUUGAUGGAAACAUGAUGAACUUGGGGACUGAAAUGAAAUGA